UAUUGUGAAUUUUUAUUUCGUUGCAACGUCCCGGUAGCGAUAGCGUUAGCCUAGCUGUGCGCCUCUAAAGCCUGUCGGUGUCUCUCGAUCCUGGUCAGGGAGUUGACAGUUGGGUUUGUAUCCGGGGCCUCUAGGACCUCGCAGACACCUAGCAUGGGCGGAGAACCAGGCGGAGAAAGGUGAAGUUACCCUCACAGGACUGAUCAGAGGUCAGUUUUGAAAUGUACCCAGUGAAGGUUAAGGGUGUGAAGGGAGCUUGAGAAGCCGAUCCCCGGUCAGUUUAGCUCAAAGUACCAAGCGACGCAUUUUGCUAACGACGUGAAAGGACAAACAUAGAUGGAUGGGUUUUUAGCUAGCCCACGAAGAGUUGAUCUGUGCAAGCUACUGGAAUGGUUCCCAAAUUAAAAACUAGAAUUAUUACCCUGGCAAGUCUUUGUAAGAAGCCUAAACGGGCAGAUGUCGUUGUUGACGUUGUUUGUGGAUAGCGGCGCCCCGCGGGUUUGAUGCAGCUGGGAGCAAAGAUCCAGACGUCCAUCAUAAUCCGCAGUGUCAACAUCUCCAUUCAACUCCCCUGUGGUGGAGGUUACUCUUUAAUUGAGCCUGCUCGGGGUCCGCUAUGCAAGCAAACACAACGCGGGGUUUCCUGUGGUCGGACGUGGAGACGCGGACCUUGUUGAACAUCUGGGGGGAGCAGGACAUCCAGGCGGCGCUGGAUGGAAACUUCCGAAACAGCUUCGUGUACCGCGACGUUUCCCGGAGGCUGGGAGCGAUGGGGUUUGAAAGGACGCCGGAACAAUGCAGGGUGCGGAUCAAAAGCCUCAAGAGGCAGUACCUGUUAGCGAAGGAGGGCAAUUUGCGGAACAACGGGCAGUAUCACAAGAUCUGUAAGUUUUACGACACCAUGGAGAGGAUUUUGAGCAACCGGCCUGCUCUUGACCCUCAGGAGUUCAUAGACAGCGGGGCGGGAGGAGAGGAGGCCGUGGAUGGCCUGGAAGAGGACGGGGAGGAUGCUCAGGAUGCAUACUCCGAGAGCACAGGGGAGUGUCCUUAUCCUGCAGAGACUGAAGUGAAGCUGGAAUACCCAACUGUUCCCAUCCCUAUUCCAGUUAAAGUGACAGUGGGAAAUAACAGCACUUCAGUAAGACCACAGAACAGCAGCCAGUCAGCCAGUAAUCUGACGGCCAGAGCGCCCAAGCGGCCAAGGAAGAGGCGUGCCAACUUCCCUAUGGAAAAGCUAAUGGAGCAGUUCCUGGAGCAGAGCGCCCAGGCCGAGGACAACUUCUACCGGGUGGAGGAGCAGCGCUUGCAGGCAGAAGACCGCCGCAGGGAAGCCGAACACGCCAGGGAGCUUCACAUGCUUCAGAUGCUCGGCCAGAUGUUCUCCAGCAUCUCCUCCUCCACCAGGCCCAGCUCUGCCGCUGCUCCCUCCAAGACAGCUCCUCCUGCCCGCGCGCCUGUGCUCUCUAGUGCCUCCCCGUCAUGCACACGUGGUCAGUCCGUUCACCUCAGACGCCCUUCACCCCAGACAGACUGUUAUGCCCAACAGAGUCAACUGCUGAACCCAGAUCCUCAGGCAUUAGUGUUGGAACGCCACUACUGCUUGGGGUCUACGUCACACAGAGGCAUGGAUGAUGAUAUCCUCUCACUAGUAAAGAGCAUAGUACCUCCUCUGACAUCUAAAAAGCACAAGGGACAAGAUGGACGUAUCGGGAUCAUUGGAGGAUGCCAAGACUACACGGGAGCUCCAUACUUUGCUGCCAUCUCUGCAUUGAAAGUGGGAGCUGACCUGUCUCAUGUGUUCUGCACCAAAGAUGCUGCAACUGUAAUCAAAUCAUACAGCCCUGAGCUCAUAGUUCAUCCUGUUCUGGACAGUCCUAACGCAGUGGAAGAAAUAGAAAAAUGGCUCCCAAGACUGCACGGCCUUGUGGUGGGACCAGGUCUAGGGAGAGAAGACUUCUUACUGAAAACAGCAAAGGAGGUGAUAGAGAAAUCCAAAGCAAGAGAUAUCCCUAUAGUCAUUGAUGCAGAUGGAUUAUGGCUAGUUACACAGCAACCAUCUGUUAUUCAAGGGUACCAGAAGGGUAUCCUCACACCUAACUUCAUGGAAUUCACUCGACUAUAUGAGGCACUGCACCAUGAACCCAUGGACAGCAGUGAUCACCAACGCAGUGUCAUGGAGCUCAGUGUUGCCAUGGGCAACCUCACUCUGGUGCUAAAAGGAGAACAAGAUCUCAUUACAGAUGGCAGUAAAGUGAUCUCAUGCAGUACUGAGGGCAGUGGAAGAAGAUGUGGUGGACAGGGUGAUCUCUUAUCUGGAUCUAUGGGAGUGCUGGCACACUGGGCACAUGCUGCCUCUACAGCUGGAAUAAUCAGAAGUGUGAAUCCAUCGGUGGUGGCAGCAUUUGGGGCCUGUUCGCUCACCAGACAGUGCAACAGUCAAGCAUUCCAGCGACAUGGCAGGUCCACCACUACCUCGGACAUGAUCCAGGAGAUUGGUUCAGCCUUUAAGAAGCUAUUUGAAAGCUGAAAACAGCUUAACAACUAAAAUCAAAGCUGUUCUUGUUCAAAGACUAUACAUACACACACAAUUCUGCAUUCUUGAAGGCUAUAAUAUAUAGCCUGUGGUUGGGCUGGUGUGAAAUGUUCUCAUCGGGUUGAAUUUGAAUGAAGGUCAGAAGUGAUGACUAUCCCCUGCAAAGACAGUCCAAAUCUGGUGCAAAAAAUUCCCACACUGACUGGUUGACUGGGGUGCAUUAAAUAAACCUUAAAAGAAAACCAAGCAAA